GGCUGAGCCCGGGUUUGAAUCCCUGCUGUCCCUUUCAGAGCUACAGGGACCUGACGCUGGUCAACAGGGACGGCAUGAACAUCGUCCUCAUAAAGAUCAACCAGAUUCUCAUGGAGAAGUUCCUCAAGCUGCAAGACACCUGCCGCACACAGCUGGUGUGGCUGGUGAAGGAGCUGGUGAAGAGUGCCGUGCUGGGCGCCGAUGGGGUCUGCAUGACUCUCAUGAAGCAGAUAGCAGGAGGUGACGUGUCUCCGAAGAAUAUCUGGUUAGCUGAAAAUGUCCUCGAUAUUUUAGUGGAGCAGAGGGAGUGGGUGCUGAAGAGCGGGAUGCUGGUUGCCAUGGCGGUGUACACCUACCUGCGCCUCAUCGUGGAUCACUGCACCCCCCAGCACCAAACACUGCGGCAGAAAGAGGUGGACUUCUGUGUGGGGCUGCUGAGAGAGAGGUUCAUGGACUGCUAUAUCAUUGGCAGGGACCUGGUGCGGCUUCUGCAAAACGUGGCCCGGAUCCCAGAGAUGGAUUUACUGUGGAGAGACUUGCUGCACAACCCCCAGGCACUCAGCCCGCAGUUCACAGGUAUCCUGCAGCUGCUUACCUCUCGAACCUCGCGGAAGUUCCUGGCGUGUCGUCUGACCCCCGACAUGGAGACAAAGCUGCUGUUCAUGACCUCGCGGGUCCGGUUCGGGCAGCAGAAGCGGUACCAGGACUGGUUCCAGCGGCAGUACCUGUCGACCCCGGACAGCCAGUCCCUGCGCUGUGAUCUGAUUCGCUACAUCUGUGGGGUCGUGCACCCUUCCAACGAAGUGCUGAGCUCCGACAUCCUCCCGCGCUGGGCCAUCAUCGGCUGGCUGCUGACAACCUGUACGUCAAACGUUGCUGCCUCCAAUGCCAAGCUGGCUCUCUUCUACGACUGGCUGUUCUUCAACCCGGAGAAAGACAGCAUCAUGAACAUCGAGCCUGCUAUCCUGGUCAUGCACCACUCCAUGAAGCCACACCCAGCUAUCACCGCCACCCUGCUGGACUUCAUGUGCCGGAUCAUCCCUAAUUUUUUCCCGUCCCUGGAGGGCCACGUGCGGUACGGUGUUUUCAGCUCCCUCACGUUCAUCGUGGAGAAGAGGGUGCUGGCACACCUGGCCCCCCUCUUUGAUAACCCCAAGCUGGACCAGGAGCUGCGAGCCAUGCUGAGGGAGCGGUUCCCCGAGUUCUGCAGCUCCCCCUCGCCCCCCACGGAAGUGAAGAUGGAGGAGUCCGUUGCCAUGGAAAUGGACAAUCACGUGUCCGACAAGGAGGACGGUUGCUAUGACAACACGGAGGCUGCCUUCAGUGAUGAUGAGGAGGAACUGCAAAACAAAGGUAAAAAGAGGGAGUUUCGCUUCCAUCCAGUUAAGGAAGCCAUUAUUGAGGAGCCUGCUGACAUCACGCCCUAUGUGGACCAAUUGGACGAGACCCUGAAGGAGAAAGUUCUGCAGCUUCAGAAAGGAAGUGACACCGAGGCGCAGUGUGAAGUCAUGCAGGAGAUUGUGGAUCUCAUUCUGGAGGAGGACUUUGACUCCGAGCAGAUGUCCACGCUAGCCUCCUGCCUGGCCGAGCUCUUCAAGGGACACUUCAGAGGAGACGUCCUGCCCGACGAGAUCACGGAGGAGUCUCUGGAGGAGUCAGUUGGCAGGCCUGUGUGUUUGAUAUUCAGGAACCUGUGUCAGAUGCAGGAGGACAACAGCGGCUUUAGUGUGCUGCUGGACAUGCUGUCUGAGCUCUAUCAGAAACAGCCCAAGAUCGGUUACCACCUGCUCUACUACCUGAAGGCCAGCAAGGCAGCGGCUGGGAAGAUGCUGCUGUACGAGUCGUUUGCCCAGGCCACAGCGCUGGGGGACCUGCACACCUGCCUCAUGAUGGAUAUGAAGGCGUGCCAGGAGGACGACGUGAGGCUCCUGUGCUACCUGACCCCCUCCAUCUACUCCGAGUUCCCCGAUGAGACGCUGCGCAGCGGAGAGCUCCUUAACAUGAUCGUGGCCGUCAUCGACUCGACACAGCUCCAGGAGCUGAUGUGUCACGUCAUGAUGGGAAACCUGGUGAUGUUCCGCAAGGACUCUGUCCUCAGCAUCCUGAUUCAGAGCCUGGACUGGGAGACAUUUGAGCAGUACAGCACGUGGCAGCUCUUCCUGGCUCACAACAUCCCUCUGGAGACCAUCAUCCCCAUUCUGCAGCAUCUCAAGUACAAAGAACACCCUGAAGCCCUGUCGUGUUUACUGCUUCAACUCAGAAGGGAAAAGCCCAGCGAGGAGAUGGUAAAGAUGGUCUUGAGCCGACCCUGCCACCCUGAAGACCAGUUCACCACCAGUAUACUGCGGCACUGGGCAGCCAAGCACGAGGACCUCCUCUCCGAACACAUCAAAGCACUGCUGAUCAAGAACAACAGCCUGCCGCGCAAACGACAGAGUUUGAGGAGUUCCAGCAGUAAACUGGCCCAGUUGACUCUAGAACAGAUACUGGAGCACCUGGAUAACCUGCGGCACAGCCUGAGCAACACCAAGCAGAGCGUUUUCAGCCAGACCCCGAUCCUGCAGGCGUUGCUGCAUGUCCAGGCAAGCUGUGACGAAGCCCACAAGAUGAGGUUCAGCGACCUGUUUUCAUUGGCCGAGGACUACGAGGACUCCUCGUCCAAGCCGAUCAAGUCGCGGCGCAAGGCAGCCACGUCGAGUCCGCGGAGCCGCAAGGGACCCGCGCAGCCCACGAGCAACGAGGAGGAGACGGGGAGCAGCAGCGCAUCGGAUGAAGAGGACACCAAGCCCAAGGCUUCAAAGAGAAAAAGGAAAGGCUUGACUCCUGUAGGAUCAGAUAGCGACUGAUAAGGACCAGCCCAUUGCCACACCCAGACUCCACCCACCACCACAGAGAGACUGCACCCUAGAGACAGACCUCUCUGGAGCUAGAGACUGACCCCACCCACCACCACAGAGACAGACCCCCAGAGCCAGACCCCUCUGGAGCUAGAGACUGACUCCACCCACCACCAGAGUGAGCCUGCCCCCUAGAGCCAGACCCCUCUGGAGCUAGAGACUGACUCCACCCACCACCAGAGUGAGCCUGCCCCCUAGAGCCAGACCCCUCUGGAGCUAGAGACUGACUCCACCCACCACCAGAGUGAGCCUGCCCCCCAGAGCCAGACCCCUCUGGAGCUAGAGACUGACUCCACCCACCACCACAGAGAGACUGCCCCCCAGAGCCAGACCCCUCUGGAGCUAGAGACUGACUCCACCCACCACCACAGAGAGACUGCCCCCCAGAGCCAGACCCCUCCCACCCUGGAGCAGAGCCAGUAAAACUCCACCCACCGCAUCUGUACAGACAGGGACAGCAGUGUGAGGUGUGCCUGCCUAGGGGUGGAGCAUCGCUAGAGUCCUCCCACUCUCGACCUAGGCCACUACCACAGUGUGUCUCUACAACACACGCCAUGCUCGCUGCCAUUAGUCUAGUGGAAUGAAGCAUCGAAAUACAUAAUGCACAUUUUAGAAGGCAAGGGGUUUCGAACUGAAUUUACCAGGGGGCGCAUUGAAAUUUUGGAUUGGAUUUGCUGGCCAGAAACAUCAACUUUACUGUUACAAUAUUCUUUAUUUUUUGGCAAGUUUUCGAGGAACAUUAAUUGCUGGUAUAAUUCAGCUGUAUUGAACCCAAGCUGGCUCACUACAAGCUUUGCAUGCUCUUUCCUAAGGGUGUUAGAUUAGGGUAUAGUGUGCAAGCAAGCCAGGAAAAAACAAAAUAUAAAUCUAACUCCAAAAAAAAAAAAAGAAUAAGUUGAAACCCCACUGAAAGACUAACCUCUCCAGACAGACCUUCCCUGGAGUCCUGGCGUGGCCCCAGUUCUUUUGGUUCGACACCCCGGCUACAAUAAGGAUUCACUUUCAUUUUGCAGUCUUGCAUGUUAUGGAAGGACAAUAGAGCGUUCAUUCAAGGGAAGCCAGGCAUUGACCUAGAACUUCACCCACGGUAUUGACUCCUCCCAUCAAGGGUGUGGCUUGUGAGGCUCCUCCCACAUCUUGGUUCUUUGUAAUACUGUGGUGAAACAGAGGGGGCAGUAUCAACGAGUUACAAAUACUGGAUCACAAUGACAGACAGAUUGACUUUUUGUGGUGGGUGCGUACCAGAGGAAGAGACCUCAGAUUGUUUGAACUGUUGCAACAAUGAUAAAAAUGCCCAGAACUUUUUAAACGAAGCUUCUUUUUACCGGCAUAUUUUCAUAUAAAACUAAAAACGAGGGUGAAAGAAAAGCCUCUAAGUAAACGUUAUCCUGUGACUGGAACUACAGAGACACGGUUCGGAAGAAGGUGACGACUGCAGUUCUUCUGGGUGUGUUCGAGCACGUCUUCAUCAUCAUGCCUUUUUACUGCGGAGACGGGCUUGUUUUGGGGUUUUCAGAUUGUCUGCUCCGAGCUGUACCUCUGUGAACGGACUCGUGUCACGGAUUCACAAUCCAGCAUGGAUCCCCACAGAGAGACUGAUGCGACACCGCCCACACACAGCAAGGGGGCGCUGCAUGCAAACCACGCAGUCUUGCUUUUAGAUGACUGCUUUUAACCAGACUUUCUGAUGCUCUUGUAUGUUUACUUUUUUUUUUUUUUUU